CUUCCGGUGCGCUGGGGACGUGGGUUUCCGGGUCGCUGCUCUGCUAGCUGGCGGGCCGAGGGGCUGGUGACGCGGGCCGGCGCUCAAGAGAAGCUCCGGAGGCGGGGCUCUGCCCGCUACCCAGAGAGCCGCAGGACAGGAUGCUUUGACCUCCAGGCCAUUUUAAAUCUAAUAGAUGAGCCAGAUACAGUGUUGCCAUAAGCCCUUUGCUUACAUUGAAAUGGGAAUGCAGCUAGCUUGGAUGUCUGGAACUUUUUAGGCACUGGUCUCUGAAUUCCUGUUUGCUGGACUAAGGAUUAAGGUCUACUGUGGUGGUUGAAAAGCUGGUCAUCAGUGCAGGAUAGCCAUACUGCAAAAAUGUUUGCAAAACUAAAGAAGAAAAUUGCAGAAGAGACUGCUGUCACCCAGAGGCCAGGAGGUGCUACUAGGAUACCACGGUCAGUGAGCAAGGAAUCGGUUGCCUCUAUGGGAGCUGACUCAGGAGAUGACUUCGCUUCUGAUGGUAGCAGUUCCAGAGAGGAUCUUUCGUCUCAGCUUUUGAGAAGGAAUGAACAGAUACGGAAGUUAGAGGCCAGACUUUCUGACUAUGCUGAACAGGUCCGAAACUUGCAGAAGAUAAAAGAGAAGCUUGAAAUUGCAUUAGAAAAACACCAGGAUUCUUCCAUGCGGAAAUUUCAAGAGCAGAAUGAAACAUUCCAGGCCAACAGAGCCAAAAUGGCAGAAGGACUGGCUUUGGCAUUAGCCAGAAAGGACCAGGAAUGGUCAGAAAAAAUGGAUUACCUUGAAAAGGAGAAGAGGUUUCUGACAGCUCAGUUACAGGAGAUGAAGAACCAGAGUUUGAAUCUUUUUCAAAGGAGAGAUGAAAUGGAUGAAUUAGAGGGAUUCCAGCAGCAGGAACUAAGUAAAGUCAAACACAUGCUUUUAAAAAAAGAAGAAAGUCUGGGGAAAAUGGAGCAAGAGUUGGAGGCACGAACCAGAGAACUUCUUCACACCCAGGAGGAGUUGCUGACCUCUAGUCAGCUGUCCUCAGACCUUCGCGGGAAGCUAGAGGAGUUGCAGAGACACUACUCGACGCUGGAAGAGCAGAGAGAUCAUGUGAAAGCUUCAAAAACAGAUGCAGAAAUCAAGAUCACAGUCCUGGAGCAAAAAGAACAAGAGCUCCAAGCAUUCAUUCAGCAGCUUUCCAUUGAUUUGCAAAAGGCCACUGCUGAAUCUCAAGAGAAAGAAAAACUCAUCACAGAUUUGCAAGAGAACGUUGCGUCCUUGGAGAAGAGACUAGAGCAGAACUUACCAGGGGAAGAACAUGUAUGGGAAUUCCUGAAAGAGAGAACAGUUGCUGAUCAGACUCUGGGGGACACCAGGCCGAAGCCCUUGGCGACUAGAGGCAGCCAGGCUGAGACCAUAGACAUGCUGGAGACUCAGGUGGAAGAGCUAGAGCAGAGCCUGCAGGCAUCCGAGGAGAGGCUGAAGCAGAGUGCUGACGUCGUGGCAGCUCAGGAGGCCCAGAUUCAGGCACUUGCCGCUGCACACGAGGAGGGCAGCCACGCGCAGCAGCAGGUCCUCACUCUAGAGAAGCAGUGCACGGAGCGUGUCUGUGCGCUGGAGGCCCAGCUCGCUGCUCUCGAGAAGGCACGGGUGGCCAGCCAGACGGCCGCAGAGCACAAGGUGAGAGAGCUGGAGCAAGAAAACACAGCCCUUAAAGAAAGUAAGAAUGAAUGUGAACAUUCUUUACAACAUCACCAACUUGAACUAAAGAAGCUAAAGGAUGAAUGGAGUCAGAGAGAAAUUGUGAGUGUGGCAAUGGCUCAAGCCCUGGAGGAGGUGCGGAAGCAGAGGGAAGAGUUCCAGCAACAGACUGCUAACCUGACAGCCAUGAUAGAUGAAAAGGAGCAGAGUCUGCAGGAAAAAACUGAAGUUAUUCUCCAGAAGGAGCAGGAAAUUCUCCAGCUGAAGAAAGGUCAUGACUGUGCCCUGCUGCAGACGCACCAGCUGCACAGUGAGCUGGAGGCCCUGAGGAGCUUGCGGGCUGUGGAGUCCGACGCAGCCGCUGCUCAGGAGGACCUGCUCUCCGUCAGUGAGCCUCACGUAACCUCCCAGGCUAUGCAGGACCCUGCGUACCAGCUUCAGGCUGUGGAGGGAAUCCCAAAUGGUGAGGUGGGGGCCAUGGAUCUCGGGCAAUUACAGAAGGAAAAACAGGACCUGGAGCAGCAACUUCUGGAGAAAAAUAAGACCAUAAAGCAGAUGCAGCAGAGGAUGCUGGAACUCAAAAAGACUCUGCAGAAGGAACUGAAAAUCAGACCCGAUAAUGAGCUUUUUGAAGUCCGAGAGAAGCCUGGCCCUGAGAUGCCAAACCUGGCCCCUGCUGUCACGAAUAAUGCUGACCUAACUACUGAUGCCCGUGAGGUCAACUUCGAGUACCUUAAACAUGUGGUUUUAAAAUUCAUGUCCUGUCGCGAAUCUGAGGCUUUUCAUCUCAUAAAAGCUGUGUCGGUGUUGCUGAACUUUUCUCAAGAGGAAGAGAACAUGCUCAAAGAAACCCUGGAGUAUAAGAUGUCGUGGUUUGGGUCCAAGCCAGCUCCCAAGGGCAGCAUCCGGCCAUCCAUCUCCAGCCCUCGGAUACCGUGGUCCUAGGUGGAGCUCCCCAGGGGUAGGGCUCCACGGGCUGGCACUUUUUCUGUGAAAAGAACACUGACACACCAGUCUGGGUGGGUUUUUAAUCACUGUAACUGCAGUAUUUUGUACAAGCGACUCAACAUUGUUUACAAGAGUUAAGGCGCGCUUCCCUGCAGACUGACGUGAACCUCAGGAGGUAGCUGAUCCCAUGUCACUCUGGUCACCAAAUGGGAAGGUCCUGGCAUUACCCCCAUUUCCACAGUGCUACUAAAAUCCCAGCUCUGCCAGCUGCGAUGCACCUGAAUCCUCUAACUUUUAAUGUUAUCACUUAAAGUUGAAGCCAUCAGCAUCCAUCAGAGACGAGGCAAGUGAGCCGUCAUGUAGUGAUGAUGCUGGCAUACAGACAGCCCUUUGAAACGGUGCCCAGCAGGCCAUGCCACCUGCUGCUGCUGCAGGGAGCCAACUUGGCAAGGGUGGCUUUUUAAAAUGCCCUUCCCUGUUCGCGUGUUUGGGUUCAGAUGAGUUAGAAGAGGCUUUUUGACUCUUCCUCUCCAGAAAACAUUAUUUUACCUUGUUUCUCAAACCACCUAGAACUUUAGAUGUGUACAUCUUUAAGGUCUUCUGGAGCCCAUGUGGAUUAAUGAAUAUGCAACUUUCUGACAGUAUCUCAUUUUACUGAAGAAAAAUAACAAAUGUAUAAAAAGAUCCUUAGUACCAAAUACACUCAAUUGCCUUUUUAAUGAAUGUACUUGUCUUGGAUAGGUUGCUGGUAAACCAUUUUAAACUAUUUUUUAUAGCUAAACUUCUCCACUAUUAUAAAUACAGCUUCUGUAUUAUAAAAUCCAUUAACUGGUAUUCUUAAAGGAAAAUCAGAGCAUCACUAGGAAAUUAUUUCUAAGAUUGGGAUUCCUGUCCCUUUGUACUUUGACUAGCCUUCCGUGGCAUCUGCUUCUCUUUGAAGCAGUGGUGGUAGUUCAUUUGUUUUGCUCUUAAUUCUGUGUUGUCAUACUGAGCAAAUACUAAUCACAUGUUUCCUACUGUUAAGGACAGUGUGCUGUAUUCAAAGGAAGCAGCAGCUGGCCUUCCCCCCCAGCCUUGACCAAAACAUUGGAGGUGGUGUGCCUUAGAGCCACCACUCUCUCCCUCGUUCUACCCCCAAAUAUUUAAGACAACACUACAGUCAUAUAUAGCGCCCAGCUGGCUGCAGUACUUGAGAGCAAUGCAGAUGGCUCUGGUAGUGACUAAUAAAAACUUGCAUUAUUAAGGAAAAGGGAACAUGCUUGCCCUGGAUAAGCCACAAAAUCAAAUCUAAAGGGAAACUGCUUACUGAUUUAUAGUGUAAUGAAAGUUUCACUGGUUAAACAAAAAACUGAGUAACUGGGACUCCUAAAUUUACCAGUUAUCCAAUGAUGUAAGGUUACGUUUCUCAAAAAUGCUUAGGGUUAAAAUAUAUAUCUAAAAAGAAGGGGGGAUUUAGAGUAAGCCUACUAUGUUCCCAUGGACGUGGAAGUACCAAGCAAGGGCAGCAUGGCCUUUCACCCAGUUUGGGCUGCCAUCCAGGUGACCUGUUCUCCAUUAUGUAUCUCCCCCUGGGGCUCCUCCCUACAGAUGUCUGGGGUUUAGAAUGACAUUUCCCAUUUACCUGGUGGGAACGCAAAACACGAGCCCCUUCUGUAAUUCUGAUGAGGGGUAGCUUUGCCAGCUGUGCCAGGAGGGAGUCAGUCCCUAAGAUGUGGUGAUUCAGGGCUUGCCAGAGGCAUCACAGCUUGGGAGCCCCGCCCACUCCUCUGAGGCCUGCCAGCCCGAGCUGGUCUCACCCGUUCCCUUCCCCACAUCACCCCAUCCCUCGGCAGCUUUACGUGUAGUUUGGAGCUCAUCACUAAGUCUGUAUUUGCUUAGGGAGGAUCCAUUCUGAUUAGGCUUUCCUCCUGCAUGUUGAGUUUCUUUCAGCUUUAAGAGGAAGCGUGGAAUAAGUGAUUUAAUGCACUUUUACUUGUACAAAACGUUCUGUGAUAGACAGUAUAUAUAGCCCUUUAUAUGAGCAUUGAUCUUAAUCUCAUGUUGUAAAUAGGAAUUCUAUUAUCUAAACUACUGUAGAAAAUUCAUUUGUGGUGUCACAUACUUUUUGAUUAAAAGUUCUUUAAUCCAGA